AUGAAAACAGUUGGAUACCAGAAGCUGUCUGUCGAUGGCGAUUUAGAAGGAGUCAGCUGCGUGUCUUUUCUUUUAUUCCAAUGGAUGAACAAUAUUUUCAAGAAAGGUAGUAGAGGCACAAUAGAGGAAAGCGACUUUGAACCACUUUCAAGAGAACACUCCACCGAAUUCUUCACCAAUCGCCUUCAAGAAAACUGGAAAGAAGAGAAAACUAGUAGAAAAGGCAGUGAACAAAGACCACAACUUUGGAAAAGUGUCAUAAAAAUGAUCUCUUUAAAGGAUGCAGUGAUCAUUUUACUCCUUUACGUAGUAUCCUUACUUUGGCGCCUCUUUAGGCCUUUGUUUCUUGGCUACCUUGUUUCUUCAUUGAUGGAAGCCGAGCCUCAGAAAAGUCUUCUCCUGUAUGGUUGUGUACUGGCUAUGGGGAUAUGUGCCUUUAUUGGAGUGUCUGGAGUUCAUCAUCAUUCCUAUAAAUGUGACGUUUACGGUAUAGGAAUCAGCAGUGCUCUAAAAGGGUUAAUUUACCAAAAGAUUCUAAGUCUCAACAAGACUGAGAUAUUAAAAUUUACAACGGGCCGUGUGAUUGACCUCGUAUCCAACGAUGUUCAGCGACUCGAAGAUCAUACCGUCCUUUGGGGCAUUAGUGCUCUUUUGGAUUUCUUCCUACUUGUACCUAUUAUAGUAGUAUUACUUGUGUAUUUCAUCGGUUGGCAAGCUCUUAUGGGAGUCACAUGCCUGUUUUUGCUUGUACCAUAUUUCACUGGGUUGUCCUAUGUCUUUGCUGUACUACGCCUGAAGACAGCAGCGUCUUCAGACAAGCGCAUAUCAUUGUUGAACCAGGUUAUUUCUGGGAUUCGCGCCAUCAAAACACAAGCGUUGGAGGAUAAAUUCCGAGAGAAGAUUAAAAGCGUAAGGAGUGAUGAAAUAAAUAUCAUCCGUAAGAAAAGCGUCGCCCUGUCAGCUGUUGCUGCCUUGGAGUACACUGCAGUGCCGCUGGCGAUGUUGGUGUCAAUCAUAACUCUAGUGCUUACCGGUCAGGCCCUUACACCAUUUAAUGCGUUCAUGCUUCUCUCUUUUAUAAACGCAGCAAGACAGAGUGUCUGCUUUUACGUACCCUAUGGCCUCUUAGGAGUAUACGAGGCCUAUUUUUCACUCAAGAGAAUAGAGGAUUUCCUUCUUUUAGAAGAUUUACCCGGGUCGUGUCAUGAUCACUCUAUAAAGGGCACUUUAAACACAGGAGGAAGUACAUCUAAAUUUACUAGAACUGUUUCAAAUCAACGGGACAGAACUGUUAAAGCUCCCUCUGCUGUUGAUAGUGAUGAAGAACUUCUCCUAAAGCCAGCCACCUUGGAAGUGUUAAUUUUGACAUCGAAAGAAAAAACUCGUGAUAAUGGCUUCAUUUUGCAGGAUGUAGAAUUUUCUAUGGGUUCACAAACUUUAACAGUCAUCACGGGUCCAGUGGGUAGUGGCAAAUCUACUCUUCUCUCAGCUAUCGCAGGCGAGGUAUCAGUUGAAGCAGGAACAAUAACAUGGCCAUCGUCCCUUGCUUACGUACCCCAAAUACCGUGGGUCUUCUCUGGAACAAUAAGAGAAAACAUUUUAUUUGGUCAACCGUACAACCAAGACAAGUACUCAAGAAUACUGGAAGCAUGCUCUCUCACAGAGGACGUAAGGCUAUUUCCUAACGGUGACCAAACAGUUGUAGGUGAGCUAGGUGCUGUUCUGAGUGGAGGUCAGCGCGCAAGGGUAAGCUUAGCACGUGCAGUAUACAUGGAUGCAGAUCUGUACUUGUUUGAUGACCCUCUGAGUGCCGUAGACAUGAAAGUAAGCCAAUAUAUCUUUCAAAAGUGCAUAAAAGGCUUACUAAGUGACAAAAUCCGAGUGUUGACGUCUCAUCAGGAACAACACAUGAAAGAAGCUGAUAGAGUUAUUGUGUUGUCCAAAGGACGUGUGUUGGCUAACGGAACUUUUUCUGAAGUUCAGGAAAAUAGUUUACGAGAUAUAAAUCUUAAUCCGAGUUACAAAAAACCCGUCAGGGACAGAAAGUCGGAUAUGAGAUUGGAUUCAGAGAGUGAAAAUGAAUCAGAGUUUAAGGAGAGAGGAAUGAUUCUACAACAUCGAGUCAAGGACCUUGAAAUAUCAAAAGAAGACCGUACAAUCGGAAGCGUGACACUUACGACUUAUUGGGACUACUUCAGAAGUGGAUUGCACGCGUUGGCAAUCGUUGGACUUUUCUGUUUGUUUUUCAUUGCUCAAGUAAUGAUAGUGUCUCCAGACGUUUGGCUCUCAUUUUUAACAAAGAAGAGUCAAGAGGAACAGAAGGACAAAUUGAAUUUUAUUUUCUAUGGCUGUCUUGUGCUUGGAUCUCUCAUUUUCUCCUCCAUACGAGCUUACGCCUUUCUUUGGACUUCUGUAAGAUGUGCUGAACGCCUCCACGAUAAGAUGGUUGCAGCGAUCGUACAGGCUCCAGUUUUGUUUUUUGAUUCAAACCCUGUGGGACGAAUCCUCAAUCGGUUCUCUAAAGACGUGGGGUACUUGGACGAGCUGUUACCCAAAACGUUCCUCACAGCUAUUCAGUUGACCUUGCUAAUUCUUGCCUCAACCAUUAUGCCGACUUUCACGAAUUUUUGGGUUCUUCUUAUUGUUGUGCCACUGGCUAUUAUUGCUGUGUACAUCUCCAUGUACAGCUUAAAAACCUCUCGACAGCUCAAAAGGUUAGAGUCAAUAAACCGUAGCCCUGUGUUUUCACACGUUUCGGAGACUCUCAAUGGACUGGAGACUAUUAGAACAAGAAGGAGGCAACGAGACUUUGUGGAAGAUCUUUACAGAUAUCAAGAUGUUCAUACCCAGUCGUACAUCAUGGUGCUGGCGAGCGAGAGAUGGCUGGGUAUUCGCAUGACGUUUCUCAUCUCUCUUUUUAUUCUUGCCGUAGCUUUAGCUGCGAUCUUGGUGUCUCAAGAUGCUGCUUUUGCAGCACUGGGGCUUGUUUAUGUCAUCGAGUCUGCAGAACAAAUGGAUUUUUCUGUUAGAAAAAUGGCUGAAGUAGAGAAUUGCAUGACGUCUGCUGAACGGGUUAUGGCGUACACCAAACUUGACCACGAGCCUGGGUACCAAGUGAAGCAACUUCCCCCGAAACACUGGCCUCUUGAGGGGAACAUCACAUUUCAAGACGUGUCUUUGACGUAUUAUCCAGGGGGUCCUCAAGUACUGAAGAACUUUAACCUUCAUGUGGAAGGAGGAACUAAUAUUGGUGUUGUAGGACGAACGGGAGCCGGGAAGUCAUCUCUAGUGGCAGCUCUCCUACGCAUGCCAGAUCCUUAUGGUGUCAUAAUGAUCGAUGACGUUCUUAUAAAGGACGUCAACCUUCAACAGGCUCGGAGAUGUAUAUCUGUUCUUGGCCAAAGUCCUGUCCUUUUUAGUGGCUCGCUGAGAGAAAAUCUCGAUCUCGAAGAAGGGUUCCAAGAUUUAGAAAUGUGGCAAGCCUUAGAGAAUGUUCAGCUGAAGGAAGUGAUCGAAAGUUUGGAAGGAAAAUUAGAUCAUCAGCUGUUGGAAAAUGGUGCAAACUUCAGUUUAGGAGAACGACAGCUAAUUUGUUUGGCUCGUGUUCUUUUGCAUAAAAGAAAAAUUGUCAUCCUAGAUGAACCCACUGCACACGUGGAUCCAGACACAGAAAAAACAAUUUGGAGGGUAGUGCGAGAGAAACUGAAGGGCUCCACAGUAAUCACCAUAGCUCAUCGACUGAACACCAUCAAAGACUGUGACAUGAUUUUGGUCAUGAAAGAUGGCGAGAUAGAUGAGUUCAACAAGUUUGAAUCAUUAGCGAAUGCAUUAGUUGAUAAAUAGUCGAAUGAAGAAAAACAAAAAGCGACUGAAACCACGAAAGGAAUUGAAUACCAUUCUAUUGUUUUUCAAAACUGCCUCCUGCUUAAGCCCUUUAGAGAAAUUUGUUCUCUUAUGAGUUCGGUAGUGAUCAGCUGAAUAGGAAACCGCGUAAAUAGAAUGUUUUCUCAAAUUUGUUAAGUUAAGGCUGGCGUCCUAUUGUAAGGAGAGGUAUUACUUAUCUCCCUUUUAACGGAAUGUUUUCUUAUUUAUUACUUUCUAGCACAACUUGCUUGCAAUAACAGCCUUGCCUUAGAGGCUAAAUUACCUCCAUUACUAUUUGCGUGAUGACUUUCAGUCCUACUUUUGCUGAUUUUGCAAAAAUUUGUUUGUAUCUUUUGUUCGUUUCAAAAGGGAAUCGGGGAACAUUGCUGGUAAAUAGUUGCUGGUUUCUAAUUUCCCAGAAUGCUUGCACCACUUACAUUACUAUAAUAUCACUAGAAACUAAUUCUCACAAAGGUACAAAGCUAAUAAACCUGCCAUCUUUCUAAUACACUGAUACUUUCACCGAAGGUUACAAAGCUUAUGAGCGACAGUUGCUUCGUAUUUACAUUCAUUUUCUUGUUACAUUUUAGACAUCACAUUUCCCGUGUUAUAAAUUAUUUACACGCUAAUAGAUCACAAUUAACUAAUACAUGUAUUUUUUAAAAAUUGAUAGUUAUCAUAGAUUUGGUCGGCAGAGUCGGAAAGGGUUAGUUUUUUUUUCUUUUCAAGAACACCGGGGGGCACUGUAAAAUAUCAUAAAUCAGGGGAUUUGAUGAAAAUCGCUUACCGGCGGUGCCUCUUUCGCCUACUAGUGGGUUGUCGUGUUUGGGUCUCGCCUCACGGCCCCUUUUCUGGGGAAACCGCCUAUUGUACCAUCGGCAGCAGCCUAUGGAAAAAGUUUUGCAACCCCUGAAUGAUUUCAGAGAGCAUAGUUUAGACUUGCUUUCAGGUAGCCAUUGUCUAUGGUGGAUUUGGUGUUUCUUUAAAUAAAGACUCAUCCAUAAAGCUAA